CGCGCCGCUCAGUCGGGGCAGGACGGGCGCGCGACUGUCCGCUCUGCUGUCCUCCGCUGUCCUCAGCUGUCCACUCAGCUGUCCUCCGCGCACCGACACCUGGGCAGGAUGCUGUCGUUGCUGAAGUUCACGCUGGGUCCGCUGGACAUCGCGACGCUAGUGGUGUUCGCGCUGCUGCUGCUGUGCACAGACUACACCCCCUCGUGGUGGGGAAAGCACAUCCAAGGCAUGAUGCAGCGUAAGCCACGUGGUGCUGGCGGCGUGCCUGGUCCGCUGGCCCUGCCUCUACUCGGCACCAGCUGGCUCUACUGGCGCUGGGGCCGCUACAGUCUGUCACGCUUGCACCUAGCCUAUCGUGACAUGUUCCGGCGCUACGGGCCCAUCGUGAAGGAGGAGGCGCUGUGGAACUACCCGGUGGUCAGCCUGCUGGACCUGGGGGACAUCAGCAAGGUGUUGCGCCACCCCAGCAGGUGCCCGCUGCGGCCGCCCACGGAGGCCAUCGCCCAAUACCGCCGCUCGCGGCCCGACCGCUACGCCAGCGCGGGGCUGCCGCACGAGCAGGGCGACAAGUGGCACGAGCUGCGCGCGCUGCUGACGCCGGAGCUGGUGAGCAGGCGCACCAUGGACCAGUUCCUGCCCGAGCUGCAGCUCGUGGCGGAGGACCUGGCGGCGCUGCUGCGGGCCCGCAGGGACGCCGCCGGCCGCGUGGCCGGGGUCCUGGAGCUCGCCAACACGCUCGGCCUCGAGAGCAUCUGCGUGCUGGUGCUGGGCCGCCGGCUGGGCUUCUUCAACAAGGACCUGGGCGCGCUGGCGUCGCGCCUGGGCGCAGUCAUCAAGGAGCACUUCUUGGCGUGCCGCGACACCUACUUCGGCCUGCCGCUCUGGAAGCUGUUCCCCACGCGCGCCUACCGCCAGAUGGUGCGCAGCGAGGAGGCCUACUACGAGAUCAUCUCGGAGCUGGUGGAGGCGGCGCUGAGCGAGGAGCGCAGCACGUGUCCCGUGGACGGGAUCCGCAGCGUGUUCGCCAGCGUGUUGCGCGUGCCGCAGCUGGACGUGCGCGAGAAGAAGGCGGCCAUCAUCGACUUCAUCGCCGCCGGCAUCCAGGGCAUGUGCAACAGCCUGGUGUUCCUGCUGUACCUGAUGGCGAAGCACCCGGACUGCCAGCGGCGGCUGUUCCUCGAGCUGCAGGCACUAGGGCCGCUGACCGCGGAGAGCCUCAGAACUGCGCCCUACCUACGCGCCUGCAUCCACGAGUCCUACAGACUUCUGCCGGCAGCCAUCUCCAUCGCCAGGAUACUGGAGACAGACAUGGAACUGAGCGGCCAUCUGUUACCAGCUGGGACGGUGGUGCUGUGCCACACGUGGCUGGCGGGGCAGGAGGAGCGCCACUUCGCGGCGCCGGAGCAGUUCCGGCCCGAGCGCUGGCUGUCCCCGGACGGCAGGUUCGCGGCGGCGGGGAGCAUCCCCGUGGUGCCGUUCGGCUACGGCAAGCGCAUGUGCCCGGGCAAGGGCUUCGUGGACCAGGAGCUGAGGCUGCUGCUGGCCAAGCUGAUUCAAGAGUUCCACAUCGGCUUCGAGGGGGAGCUGGAGCUGCAGUUCGAGUUCUUCCUGUCGCCCGCGGGGCCGGUGAGCUUCUCCUUCACGGACCGCCAGUGACGCGCCGCCUGGCUCCCCCAACCCACCGCCCGUCACUUGCCGGCGUGCUUCGCGACCUUCAGGCCUUGCUGGUUCAGCAGUGGUCCCGACAGUGGUGUACCGAUUCAUGCAUCGUACACCUACUGACCAUCAGCCUCAAGUAAUAAUUAUACGCAAGUACAGUACACUCCAGAUUAUCCGCGAAAGUAAGUGGCAGGGCCACCGCGGAUAGUGAAUAUCGCGGAUAAUCCGCUAAAGAGCCUAAAAUGAAAAACAAAAAAGGAAACAUUAAUUUUAACUUAAAGAUCUAAAAAUUUAUGCACAGUAAAAGUUACAAUUAAUAGUAAAAAAUUUUUAAAUGAUGAUAAAAUGUUAGUAUUUUACUGAAUAAUUAACAUACAAUACAUUUCAGUAAUGUAAAUAUAAAAGUGCUCAACCAUACGACUAGAAACAAAGUGCGACAGAGACAAAAAUUGCAACGCAUGCCAGCCUACUGCGUGAGUUCCGAGAGGGCCUGUGGCGUUUUACUGUAUACUGCACACAAUACACUUGUCGGAAGAGUUCAAAUUUGCUCACUUGUAAUAAAAUACAGAUUUACAUAUGUGCUGUAUUUUUUCGUAGCAUGCGCGGAUAAUAGGGAGUUUACUGUAUCGUAACCUUUUUCAGGCCCAAAGCACCCAGCAGUUCAACAAUUUACACACAUUGACAUAGUUUAAAAGCUUAUUACUUCGUUCAAAAUAUAAAAGUGAGUUUACUAUUUGUAAUGGCUAUCUUACGUAAACUUAAUUUGAUAAAGAACUACUAGGUAUUAUAAUUUUUCAUGUGGCACGUGUAAUAUUAUUAACAUUGCCAUGUGAGUGAGUUUGUUGAGAGAACUACAAUGAAGGUAAAAAUAACAUUAAAAAGUGCCAACUCAUUUCCAAAGGUCUUGAAGAUCAAGCUCUUUUGUUUGUUUUGACUGAUUAGUAUUUAUAAUAUGAUAUAUAUGUUAGUGAUUAGGUUCAUAAGCCAAGAUGUAAGAUGAUGGAAUGACUGUAAAAUAUAUUUUUCUAAAGUUUAUAAUUAAAGUGUUUGCUAAUACAUAGAAUAAUAUAGUGCUUGAAGGUGUUAAGCAUAUAUAGGCCUAGUCAAUAUCAGGUGAUUGUUGGUAACUGAGGACUGUACAUGGUUUAUAAGUUCUGAUAUGUACAUGUAGUAUUAAUCUUAUCUAACAUAGAAUAUGUUGUUUUUUUUUUGCGUAGAAUAUAAGAAAGUAUAAUGUAAGGAACGUAUUUAUUCCGGUUUGUGUGAAUCAUGAUUUACCAUACUAUUUACUUGUUAAUUACUGUGUCAGUGCCACACGUCUGGGCAGAUUCAUGUAACUCAGGUUAAUAAUAUAAUUUGUAGAUGAUAAGUAGGUAAAUUGUAAUGAAUGCUAUUAUUACCAAGAACAUUUUUAAUUUUGAUUCACACUAUAUAUGAAUAUAAAUAUAUAAUAUGAAUAGCUUAUUUUAGGAACAACAUAAGUGACUGAACCAUCAUUUUAUUAGGGAGUACAAAAAAUAUCAGUACAUUUCUAAUUGUUGCAUUAAAUGUUUUAUACAUUUUGUAUGUAUUUUUGAUGAUACUUUAAAUUUAUCUUUAAGCUUUUGUUAGGGAAAAAUAACAGUUCUAAGUUGAGUUUUGAAAUAAAUUAAUGCUACCUAUUAACUUUUUUUUGUUUCUAAAUUAAAGCCUUUUCCUUUAAUAACUUCAACUAUAUUUAUUUACAAUGAAAUUAAAAUACAUAAAACAGUUAAUGCUAUGUAACUUGCAUAAAUCAAGAAAUUGCACACAAAAUAUUUUUAAUACUUAAAUUACACACUAUAUCAAAAAAAAUUUUACAUUUAUUACAGAGUUCCUUUAGUGUAUUGUUCCCCACUUGUUCUGGCCAGUUUUACAAAGCUUAAUAAAAAGUUGAACAUGUAAAACACACCAAUUACACAUUAGAGCAAAUUGUCUGAGGUCGCUCUGUGUUAUCCAUUUUGUUUAUAAUCAAAUUCCUUUCUUAUUAUUUGCAUCCUGUUUAUUUUAUUAUCAAGCAGAAGCAUAACUUUAUUUUCGGUUUAUAAACUUACUCAAACGAUGUCAAACUAAUCGCAAAUAAUUCAACCUAAUACUCCAGGCUUGACCAUUACGUUUUGAAACACAAAAAACUUUAAAUCAUUGCUCAGGUGUUGCUAUCUUAGACAGAAGCUAUAGUAGAUAUAGGUAAUUUUGUAUGAACCGUUAAGUGCAGAAACAACAUCCGCAAUAAUGAAGUUUUUCACAACAUUCUUAAGCUCAGAGAAAUGGGCUCAUUGAAGUUUCAAACUAGUGACUUACGUUGUUUCUGAAAGAAACUAUUCAUAUGGUGUGACUAAUUCAGUGAGAAUGCAGAUGUGCUACGAAACGUUUGUGAUUCGUCUUAAAAAUUACCAAGCAAUUAUAAAUUAUGGGUAGGGGCUGGCAUUUUUUGUGAAAUAAUCUACCAGCUCUCUGGCCUGCGAGAGAGGGAGAAGAGAUGCUAUCAAAGUUUCUUUCGUGCUAUCAGAUGUCUCACAAGCAGUGAAAGAUUUUACGCACUUCUCCUUAUAAAUGUUUUUUGACGUGACAACGUCUAAUAAAUCGAUGAAAGCCGGCUGCAAGCACGAAAAAGGAUGACUCAUUGUCCCGUUACGCUCAUUGUACCGUUACGCUCAUUGUAUGCUUGCGCCGCAUCUAUCUCUCUUCCACUCGAUUGGAACAACCAUCAAUUUGACUUUUUUGAGGCACAUUAAACUUGAAACACUCCCAUUCGUUUCCUCCUUUUCCUAUCAUCGUCCUAUCCUUAACAGAAUAACACGGAUUGGAAGAAGUUAAAUAGCAAACAUGUAUAAAAGUUAAAGUUAAAAUAAUCUCUUCGUUAAAGUUAUAAACAUAUUUCAAUUAAUGAGUGCAAAUAAAAGUAAAUUUAUCAAUUAAAUUGUAGAUUUCAUUUCACUCCAUCUUUGUAUCCAUACAAAAUAAUGAUAAUUCAAUAAAAAUAAUUCAAUUUUAUUCAUAAAAGUAUGCAAUCAUUUCAUCAAUGUUUUGUUAUGACGUUGUCACGUUAAACUAUCAUCCGUAAACCGACUUUACAGACAACCAAUUUCUUUGAACUGUAGUCUGGAGCCACGUUUGCGUAAGCACCAAGAAGCUUGCGUACCCAGACGUCUGUAGGUUACAGUAGUUUGCACCGAUACCCUGCACUGAACUAAAGAGCAAGCAACACAACCUAAACUUCAGGUUUGAGGAAAUAGCCAAUCCUGUUGGUUACAAAAUCUGUUGAGCUUCAGCAGUACGUGCAGGAUACGUAUUCAAAAGCUGUGAUCAUGUUAUUAGUUCGCACAAAGUGAUGGCGUCCUACCUCCAUACUUAUGGAAAAAAAAACUGGCUGAAAGUUUUCUUGUUCUGCUGUGUUGUUCUGUUAAAAUCCCAGAAUCCUAUGUUCUCACAUUGAAAUCAAUCUAACCUGAUUUCCUCCCUCCCCAACCCUUGUAAAACAUGUCUUAAAUUGUUGUCUCGCAACAUGAAGUCACCUGAGUGGUGGUUGAUGGUUCUGGAAAAAGAGGGAGGGGGGAGGAAAGGUGGUGAUGUCACUGCAACUGUUGCCAAAUCAGAGGCUGUACAGUGUUGCCAGUUAACACGCAUUAGCACUCUCGUAGCUCUUGGCCAUGUUCACUUCUUUGCUACACAAUAUUUUAUCUGUACAGCAAGUGCACGAUAAAAUCCUUUCACUAAACUGCAAGUAAUUAUGGUGUUAAUUGGAUACAAUUUAUAAUUGUAAAUUUUAUUGUCUGUGAUCACAUAUAGAAACAUCACAUCAGGUAUACUAUUUUUUUUGCUAUAAACUGAUUUUUUUUAUCAAUGGUUAAUAAAGAAAAUUUUCCUUAAAAAAAGCUGUAAUAUGUUUCUGUAUAAAGUUUUAUGAUAACUGAAAAUAUUUUUGUAUAUUAUUUAUUUUGCAAUUAUGUAUUUGUAAAAUACAAUGUAACAAAAUGUUUAAACUUAAAAUAAACAAAUAUCUUAGCAA